UUACAGACCUUUCUUCGCUUUUUGACAACCCUUCCUCUCUGCAGCUUCCAUUCUCUGUCCACUCUUUUAAUUUUUUUCUUUAUAUAUUAUUGUACAUAGUAAACCAAGUCUCAUCUUCCUCUUGUUGGCUGCACAUCUGCUUUUAGAGAGAGAAAGACAAAGAGAGAGAGAUGGGACACCAUACAUGCUGCAACAAACAAAAGGUGAAGAGGGGCCUAUGGUCACCAGAGGAAGAUGAGAAACUCAUUGACUACAUUUCAAAGUAUGGGCAUGGUUGCUGGAGCUCAGUUCCAAGACUAGCUGGGCUGCAGAGAUGUGGAAAGAGCUGCAGACUAAGAUGGAUAAAUUACCUCAGACCUGACCUAAAACGUGGGAGCUUCUCUCCCCAAGAAGCGGCUCUCAUAAUUGAACUCCAUAGAGUUCUGGGCAACAGAUGGGCUCAGAUAGCUAAGCAUCUACCAGGAAGAACAGACAAUGAAGUCAAGAACUUUUGGAAUUCAAGCAUCAAGAAGAAGCUCCUCUCUCAUAGUCUCUCUGAUUUAACCACCUUUCCUGACAUACCUAACUCCAGUGGCUCUUUUGAACCUUUCUUCCCACCAAUUAAUGCAAACCCUAAUUUGAUCCCAACUACUUCUCAAUUACAAGAUCAGAUCUACAUGCCCAUCCCAACUCCAUCAAUUUUGCAAGGCAGCUUUGAUCAUGGUGAUCACCUGAUCAAGCUAGAUCAAUUGGAGUUCUACAAUCCCAAUUUUGUUCCCAUGCCGCCUCCGGUCCCAUUACCCCUAGACACAACUUCAUAUGAUCCCACAUGGUCAUUAAGCCAUCAACCUCAUUACCUAGAUCAAAACCAUGUCCUUAAACAAGAGGAUCACAUGUUCAGACAUGAUUUCGCGCCAUUUUAUACUGGAGACAAAGUUUUCAACUCGAAGAUGAUGAUACCGCCCUAUGAUGAUGCAUCAAUGAUGAUGCCGGCUUCUUUGGUUUCAAAUGAAGUUCACUCAAUGAUUAGUCCCUCAUGUUUUCAGUCUGGAUCUUAUCAUCCACUUGAUUCACACAUGCCAACCAAUCGAACGGAGUACAUUGAUGCCACCAUGCCAUCAUUGCCAUCAUCAUCAUCUUCGUCCUCAUCACCGUCGUCGACCUUGUCGCCAUUAUCAUGCUGCCAUUUUGUUCUGAACCCUAAUCUUCCUUCAAGCAGCUGGGAUCCCUAGAAAUGUACUUGUCUUUGUGUUUUGCAGUACUGUGGGUGGUUCGAUUAUAUAUAUAUAUAUAUAUAGUACAAGUAUUGCAUUCAUUUCUCUUGAAUUCUCAUAACAAUUAAGUGCAACUUAUAUGGAGGAAA